UGAAAAAAAAACUGUGUCCAGAACAGUUUUGUUUGUGUUUUAGAACCAUGGUAACUUAUUGUUGGUGGAUACGUCGAGUGCCAUAUUUUGCACAGUCACUGAAUAAAGUGACUAAAGAUGGACACUCAGGACCAGCAGCCAGUUUCAAAUGAACUUCAGGACCGACUUCAAGCUCUGGCAGAGGAAAAUCUUCAGCUACGUGACAAAAAUGAGCAUCUUUUUGCCAAAGUGGGUUACCUGGAGAGCAGACUGGGCCACCUGGCCAGCUCCAACACAGACCUGUCCUGCAGGCUGGUCCAGAGUGAGGAGGAUAAACUGAAGAUAUCCAAGGAGCUUGUGGAGGAGAAAAUUCAGACCAACAAGAUGAGAGAGCAGUUUGAGGAAGAGACGUUUGAGCUGAAAAACAAGAUACUGAACCAAGGCGGCGUGAUAACAGAGCUCGAGAUGGAGCGAGACAAGCUGUCCAGGGAACUGCAUUCGACUGAGGCUCGUCUGAAAGUGGGAGAGAAGAGCGGUCGAGACCUGACAGAAGAGUAUGCGGCUCUGAAGAAGAACUACCUGGUGCUGGCCAAGGCCCAUGAUAAAGAGCUGGCCCAGAGUGAGGAGCUGAGCACUGAGCUGCUGGCUCUGGCCCAAGCCCAGGACGCCCUCCGCAGGCAGCUGGAGGAGCAACAGCAGAGUGUUGAGACCACCACCCAGGGCCUUCAUGGAGAGCUGGACAGGGUGCGGGCCUUGAUCAACCGCAUGUCAUAUAAUAGAGUCAAGCCCGAAGAUCUGGCAACACUGAACAAGGAGCAAAAAACAAUGGAGAAAACUCUUCUUGGAAACCAAGAUGAGAUCAAAGACAUGCUGGAGAAAAUGAAGAACAGUUAUGAGGAGCAGCAGAAGAAACUGGAGGAGAAAGUGGUGGCUAUGGGUAAAGAGCACCAGGAGAACAAGAGGGCGAUCCAUAAUAGCCAGCAGAAACUAUCUGAGCAGAGUGCGGCCCUGAUGUGCUCUCAGAGCCAAGUGAAGGAGGUGGAAGAGGAGAACUCAAAGCUGCAGCUUCAAGUCAAAGAACUGAAUGAGGAAUACCGAGCAAGGCUAGUGUGCUAUUUACAAGACUUAGCUGGUUACAUUGAUGGACUUGAAGAUGGUAAAACUCCUUCAGAGAGAACUAAGAUGAGGCAGUUUGUGGAAAGCAUGCUGCAGGAUGUGCGUUCAUCCUACAGGGUUAGGGAGGAACAGCUUGCUUCUGCUGCUCGCUCCUAUAAGAAGAGACUACAGAAGAUGACCAAGACCCAUCAUGCCCUCCUUAUUGCCUACAGGGUUCAGAGGGAGCAGAUCUUGGCCAAACCUGAGAGCCUGGGUCUCGACCCUGGGCCUCCAGAGGCCCACUUCAGCCUGGAGCCCACUGAGCUGAGAAGUGAGACUGAGAACGAGCUUCAGUGCCUCCGUCAGGACAAGGCGAGGCUGGAGGGUCAGCUGCAGGUGGCUGCCCUCAGAAUGCCUGUUCAGAAUUCAAGCUUUCAAGAGCCGGCAAAAUUGGAGCAGAUAUGUGAGGAAUCCUGGCUGGACAUGAGGACGCAGCUGAAGGAAAUCACAGACUCUACACUGGUGGGCCUUGAGAAGGAGCGCGCCCUCCUCAUUACCAGAGCCACAGUUGCAGAGGCGCAGGUGUUGGAGUUGCAGGACUACAUUGACAACCACCUGGGCAGGUAUAAACAGGAGAUCACACGUCUCCACAGACUGCAUGGGAUACAGGAGGCUGGCCGUUCCCAAAGUGCUAAUUCAUCUCUCCGUUAAGGAAACUGGAAAACUGAAAUCCAGUCAUGUCCUGUAGAAUAAUUUAGAUAACACAUUAGCACAAUUCUAAGUUAUACACCAACAAAUACGUAAUCUGAAAAUUAAAUUAUAGUCUUAAAUGUUUACUUCUGUGAUAUCAGACAUUAAUCAGACAUUGUACACAGUUUUAAUUCCUGUUUAAAUGUAUACUUCAUAUAAAUUUAACCUGUUUUAAGUAUUUAAACAUGAUGUGUGAAUCCCUGGUGCUUUUACACCAUCACUAGGUGGUGCUGCUCAUAGUGGUGGUUUUCUCUAUGAAAGGCCCCCAAAGAAAUCCAGCCUUGAGAAAAAAAUGCCUGGAAUGUUUGUAAAGCUUAUGUCAAUUUCACGAGCUCAGGAGAAGAAAGCGCGGUGACAAUGAGGGGUCACCCUGGUGAGAAUAAUGUCAUUACAUGUUACCCAGACACGUACACGCCUGUGAAUACUUUUCCCUCAGUGCCGUGCUGAGAAUUGUGGCACAAACAAGCCAGGCUUUUUUUUUCCAGGAUGAGGGUUCAUAUUUAUAACCUUGGUGUUGGUUUGAAUAAGCAGCUAUUCCCUUUAAAUCCCUUUAACAGUGAAGGGGUCUGCUUUUUUUUUUCCUAGUGUGUUUUGGUAGCUGGGUGGUUUCAUGCCAUAGCUGACAGCUGACAUAACUUUAAAAAUAGAAGUUCCUUUUAAAUGUGGCUUUAAUUUAAAAGGUUUGAUUAAAAGUUUCAUUAAGUUUCUUUCAAAACAAGCUUUAUGCUGGAAAAAGUUGAAGCAAAAAUACUCAUGGGAAUGAUGGGAAAAGUAGAGGAGAUGGAAAGAGUCACAGGCAUGUCACCCCCCAAUCCCCAUGCCAGCCGGGGGUGGGGGGUGGGAGGGUGGCAGGGGUGUGAAAGUUUGAGAGGAAUGGGAAGUGGGAUUUUGUUAGUAAUGUAUUACACUCCCAGGGCCUUGGGAAAAGGGGUGGGGGGUGUUCAGUGUUGGGCCUGUGCCAACAUAUUCACUGUGCCAAAGUGCUGGCUGCUGGGGACCACUCCUCUCACCGGCAGAUCUGUGGGAAAAUCAAAACCAGGUUGUUCUUUGCUGCUGCGCCAAAAAGACAGAGAGGUGAUGUGUCUGCAGAGGCCUCUGCACAACUUGUACAAAUGAAAUGUACUCUGAAUAAACAAAAGGCAAGGGAAGUAGUAGAAACUGUAACAUUACUAAAGCUUUGCAGUAAGAGUUCGUCUGGUGUGCCACAGCUGGUCCCCAAGGCGGUGUGCCAAGUUUUUUUCUCAACUUGGGGCAUUUUGGAAAAAGUGACUUCUUGGACUGUGAACAGCUAUUUAAUGACCACUUUACAUGGUCACUAUUAUGAUGUAAAUAAUAAAAAAUAGUAGAUUUGUUUCAGUCGGUCUGAUAAAUGAAGCAACAAAAACACUAUAGUUUAAAUUGUUUGAAUAAUGAAAAAACUGUUCCAACAAAAGGAGUUGCUGGUGAUAUGUGCAGUUAUCCUAGCAACUAUUAGCAACUUCAGUUUUUUGUUGUUGACAAACAACCUUAGUUCAAAAAUCGAUAUUUUCCCAGCUUCAAAUGUCAUAUAUUACACAAUGCUCCAAACCUCUGAUAAGCUUGUUUAUGUGAAUCAUAUGAGUCAUAAGGUAUUUUGAUAAAUUACCUAACUAUUUGUGUGUUGAAUGUCAGCUCAUGCAGAACAGUAGCAAGAGUUUCUAUGUAAUUUUUUCUGCCCCAGAUGUGAAAACAAGCACCAACAUGAUUCGCUUAGUGUAACGACCAGUUUGUGCUUUAUCUGUUCAAUCCAACCAGUUUCUCCAGUAAGUGUAGGACACUUUUUUCUACAACUGUACGUACAAGCACACAACCCAGCACACAAGUGUAAAAUCUACAGUAGGAAGAUUUACACAGGCACAGUCUGGGCUGACAGACCCUCAGACAUUAUUGUUUGACACAAAUGAGUCUUUGAUUAUUAGAAUAAUUGAAUUGAAAAUAUUGAUGAAAUUUUAAGUGUCACCAUUCUACCGUUACAGGUGUCACAAAUCAGCUUCCCUCUGAUGCUCUGAAAACUUUAUUUAAAACAUCAGUACAUUAAUUACUUAUUAGCUAUUUAACAUUUUAUCAGUCAAAAAUACUGUGUAAAUCAGAGUUUCAUAUCAUUGUACUUUCUGUCUAUCUGGAUUUUAUCACAUUGAGAUAAAAUAUUACUAUGAAAUUGCUGUUAAAUAGUCCUUACAGUGAUUCUUUUAACAUCUGACAUCUUACAUUAAGUUCCUCAGUAUAAUACAGUCUACAACAUUUUAAACUUCUCCCUUAGACCUUGCCAGGAUUGCUACAUUUAAUUCUGUAAUAUUGUGCAGGUUUUGCCUCUGUAGUAAGUUCAUGUCUGGCACGCUUCAAACAUCAUGAUUCAUGAGUCCAUCUCAAAGACUGAAAUGUUUCUAAUCUAAUCAUUUUGUAUCAAGUGGGAAUAGUUUAAACAAGAAUACACACAGCAUUAGCAUUCUGGUUUACAUGAAAUCAUUGUACUGUAUCAUUAAACCCUGACCUAAUCAACAUCACAACCGCAAGUAAA